AUGCAACUAUCCUGGAAAGAUAUCCCCACUGUUUCAACGUCCAAUGACUUGCUGGAUAUUGUGCUGAACAGGACUCAAAGAAAGACGCCUACCGUUAUUAGGCCGGGUUUCAAGAUCACCAGAAUAAGAGCCUUUUACAUGCGUAAGGUGAAAUAUACCGGUGAAGGAUUUGAAGAGAAGUUUGAUGAGAUUUUGAAAGGAUUUCCUAACAUCAACGAUGUUCAUCCAUUCCACAGGGAUUUAAUGGAUACUCUUUACGAGAAAAACCACUACAAAGUGUCCCUGGCUGCUGUCUCGAGGGCCAAAACGUUGGUAGAGCAGGUUUCCAGAGACUAUGUGAGACUUUUGAAGUUUGGUCAAUCGUUAUUCCAAUGUAAGCAACUAAAGAGAGCUGCUCUAGGUAGAAUGGCUACGAUUGUCAAGAAAUUGAAGGAUCCUCUAGUUUAUUUGGAACAAGUCCGUCAACAUUUGGGCAGAUUGCCAUCUAUUGACCCAAAUACCAGAACUCUGUUAAUUUGUGGUUAUCCUAAUGUUGGUAAAUCUUCUUUCUUGAGAUGCAUCACCAAAGCAGAUGUCGAGGUUCAACCAUAUGCUUUCACAACUAAAUCCUUGUACGUUGGGCAUUUCGAUUACAAGUACCUGAGAUUUCAGGCAAUUGAUACUCCAGGUAUUCUGGAUAGACCUACUGACGAAAUGAACAACAUCGAAAUGCAGUCCAUUUAUGCGAUUGCCCAUUUGCGUUCAUGUGUUUUAUACUUUAUGGACUUAUCAGAACAAUGUGGUUUCACCGUCGAAGCUCAAGUGAAAUUGUUUCACUCUAUCAAGCCAUUAUUCGCAAACAAAUCUGUCAUGGUUGUUGUAAACAAGACUGAUAUCAUCAGACCAGCUGAUUUGGACGAAGAGCGUGCUAAGUUAUUGCAAACUAUUGCUGAUUUUCCAGGUGUUGAAAUUAUGGAAACUUCUUGUCAUGAAGAAGAUAAUGUGAUGGCGGUAAGAAAUAAGGCGUGUGAAAAACUUCUAGCGUCAAGAAUUGAGAACAAAUUGAAGUCUACUUCAAGGAUCAAUAACGUUUUGAACAAAAUCCAUGUCGCCAAGCCUCAAGCAAGGGAUGAUGGUAUUGAAAGAACUCCUUAUAUUCCAGAGAUCAUUAAAACCAUGAAGAAAUACGAUCCCGAGGAUCCUAAUAGAAGAAAGCUCGCCAGAGAUAUCGAGGCUGAAAAUGGUGGUGCGGGUGUGUUCAACGUGAAUUUGAAGGACAAAUAUAUUCUAGAGGACGACGAGUGGAAAAACGAUGUCAUGCCAGAGAUCAUGGAUGGUAAGAACGUCUAUGACUUCUUGGACCCGGACAUUGCUGCAAAGCUACAAGCCCUAGAAGAAGAAGAAGAGAGAUUAGAAGCUGAAGGCUUUUACAACUCUGACGACGACGAGGAAAAUUUUGAGGGCCUAGAGGCCGACGAAAUCUCUGAUAUAAGAGAAAAAGCUGCUUGGAUAAGGGAUAGACAGAAGAAGAUGAUUGUCGCUGCUAGAAACAGAAAGGCUUUGAAAAAUCGCGCUGUUAUGCCACGUUCCAAAAUUGCCAAAUCCUUUGGCGACAUGGAGAAGCAUAUGUCUUCGUUGGGUCACGAUAUGGCAUCUCUUCAAGGGAAGCAAAGAUCAGCUAUCCAAAGAAACAAACAUGCGGAAACUGGUGCCGAUGUCGUCUUUGGAGAUGCAGAAGCCACUUCUUCAUCCGCUAAUGGUGGUAAGUUGAGGCAAUCAGAUAGACUGCUGGAUGGUGUAGCCGAUGGUUCGAUGAGAUCGAAGGCUGAUAGGAUUGCCAAACUGCAGAGAAGAGACAGAAAUAGGGACGCGAGACAAGGUGAGGCCGACAGGCACGCGACUGCCUCAUUGGCUAAGCAUUUGUUUAGUGGUAAGCGUGGUAUUGGUAAAACUGAUUUCCGCUGA